ACGGCCAACUUCCGGCUGCGCGGCGGAGGGGGCGGAGCCAAGAUGGCUGCGGAGACUGCGGUGACGAAAACACAGUUUGGUGCAACUGCUGAAUCUCAGAGUUCUCGGCCGAAAAAAGCCCCAGACUUUCCUAUUUUGGAGAAGCAGAACUGGUUGAUCCAUCUUCACUAUAUCCGAAAAGAUUAUGAAGCAUGCAAGGCUGUUAUCAAAGAACAGCUUCAGGAAACUCAGGGGUUGUGUGAAUAUGCUAUCUAUGUACAAGCACUGAUACUUCGCCUGGAAGGAAAUAUCCAAGAAUCCCUCGAACUCUUUCAGACAUGUGCUGUUCUUAGCCCUCUGUGUGCUGAUAACCUCAAGCAAGUGGCCAGAUCUUUAUUUCUUUUGGGAAAACAUAAAGCUGCCACUGAAGUAUAUAAUGAGGCUGCUAAACUUAACCAGAAAGACUGGGAGAUCUGUCAUAACCUAGGAGUUUGCUACAUUUACCUGAAACAGUUCAACAAGGCGAAAGACCAGUUGCACAAUGCCCUGCAUCUUCACAAGCAUGACCUGACUUACAUAAUGCUAGGGAAGAUCCAUUUGCUGGAGGGGGACUUGAACAAAGCCAUCGAAAUCUACAAGAAAGCUGUGGAGUUUUCACCAGAAAAUACAGAACUUCUGACAACUUUAGGAUUACUCUACUUAGAGCUUGGCAUUUACCAGAAGGCAUUUGAACAUCUUGGAAAUGCACUGACUUACGACCCUACGAACUAUAAGGCCAUCCUAGCGGCAGGUAGCAUGAUGCAGACCCACGCAGACUUUGACGUUGCCCUCACCAAGUACAGAGUAGUAGCAUGUGCUGUUCCUGAAAGUCCUCCACUCUGGAAUAACAUUGGAAUGUGUUUCUUCGGCAAGAAGAAAUAUGUGGCAGCUAUCAGCUGUCUGAAACGAGCCAACUACUUGGCACCCUUUGACUGGAAGAUUCUGUUUAAUUUGGGCCUGGUCCAUUUGACCAUGCAGCAGUACGCAUCGGCUUUUCAUUUUCUCAGCGCAGCUAUCAACUUCCAGCCAAAGAUGGGGGAGCUUUACAUGCUGUUGGCUGUGGCUCUGACCAAUUUGGAAGAUACAGAGAAUGCUAAGAAAGCUUACUCAGAAGCAGUGCGUCUGGACAAGUGUAACCCUUUAGUAAACCUGAACUACGCGGUGCUCCUGUACAACUGCGGGGAGAAGAGAGGUGCCCUGGCCCAGUACCAGGAGAUGGAGAAGAAAGUCAACCUGCUCAAGGACAGCGUGUCUCUAGACUUUGACCCUGAGAUGGUGGACAUGGCCCAGAAGUUGGGAGCUGCUCUCCAGGUUGGGGAGGCACUAGUCUGGACUAAACCAGCUAAAGACCCCAAAUCAAAGCAACGGACCACUUCAACCAGCAAACCUGCCAGUUCCCAGCAGCCUCUGGGCUCUAAUCAAGCUCUCGGACGGGCUAUGUCUUCAGCAGCUGCAUACAGGAAGCUCCCUUCAGGUACUGGAGGCAGCACACUCCAGCUCCCAAAAGAACCAUCUCUUCCGCUCGAGCCAGCCGUGGAAGCUCAUCCAACGGAAGCAGCAGCACAAAUCAGAGAAAAAUAGGAACGAGCUGACCCCCCAGAAGUAGGGGGUUCUUUGGCGAGGAUGUAGCAGAAUUAGAUGCAGGCAGAGUGGAGCCUGGUGCAUGAAGGUGAUCAGGAGGGGCCCCGGGAACCAGAAGGAAAGCAGCCAGAUCAGUCCUUUAAGAACUGAGAGCCAGCAGGGCACACGACACUGUGUGCUUCUGAAAGGGAGGUGUGACACAGACCUCUGCCCCAUCAUGACCAUGAGGCCUUGGGUUAGCUGAGGCGACCCUCAGGUAUUUCAGCUCCAGGGCUACUUGGAUUAAUCAUCCAGUUACAUAGUUUUUGAAAAAUGGAAAAUACCUCUGAAUUGAGGCCCAGCCUGCUGAGUGAAUUUCCAGCGUCACUUGCAGAAGGGAAUCCAGAACAAGUCCAGUUCUUGAGAGAGGUCACAAUGUAUAGCGCCAGAUCGUGUCAGUGUAAGAAUGAAGGAGUUUUAUGUAAAAUAAUCAAUGAUAUCACAGGCCAGAUACUAUCGAUAUUCUAUGUAAUGUGUAUGUCCUUUUUAGAAUAAAGAUUAUGUGCUGUCAUUCCUUUGAGAAAGUUAUUCAGGCAUAAAAAUGAGAGAUUACAAUAAAAAGUUUAAAAA